UCCACCGUGGCCAUGCCUUCAUAGCCUCUGUAAAUCACCUCCAACAGAGCGAAUAUUCUCACUCGGAGACGCCCUACCUUCCGACACUGCUUCUAUCGCUGUUUCGGCUUAUUUCGGCGUGUUAAAGGGUUGAUAAAGUAUGUACCGGUCCCUGUACGCCUUCCGAUCCGCGGAGCCCAACUCGCUGCACUUCGCGGCCGGAGAAAGCUUCCUAAUCCUGGAGAGGAGCAACAAACACUGGUGGCUGGGGUCCCGCUCCAGCUCGGGGGAAACCGGCUACAUCCCAGCCUCAUACAUCGAAAAAAUACAGGCUCCCGAGCAGGAUGAGGUGUUGCAGUCUAUUGACAGAGCAAUCGAGGGAAUCCACAAUGUGGCCUUAAAGAAUGGAGGCAAAUACAAUCUGGAACAGAGAGAUGUUCUGCAGAAGUUGAUCCAUCACAGAAAGGAGACUCUCGCGCGACGAAGUUCCUCUUCCUCCGGUCACAAACAAGGCCUCCCAUCUUCCAGCAGUGAAAUAUCUCUCAGUCAGACUCCUCCUCCACCCAAUGGCCUUAACCGUGACUACGGACGUCAGGGGAGCAUGCCAUUAUCAGGAAGCAUGGACAAUAUGCAGGGAGAACCGGGCUUUUACCAGGUGCCUCCUCAGCCUCGCCGUGCGGCUCCGAUCACCCCACCUCCCCCUGAGAAACAGCGAAACAGCCGGCGUCCAGCAGAGCCGGAGGUCCCCUCCAGAGUGUCCUCUCUCCCUCCGUCCCCUGCACCCUCCCUUUCAAUCAGCACCACCUCUUCAGAGUCUGGCUCCUCCCGCUCACUGCUCUCCUCCGAUGUCAGCUUGCCAAGUGUUUCCAGCACCCCCCCUCCUCCCGUGCCAUCCCGCAUGAAGCCCUCUGCACCACCUCCAGACACGCCUCCCUUGGACUCCCCUCCUCAGCCAGCCCCUGCGAAGAAGAGCCCGGCUCCACAGCCUCCCCAGCCCGCCCCUCCUUCACAGCCUGCUGUGGAGGACCAGCCGGAGAGCGAAUGGCCCGUCGCCCCCCCUUCUGUCGCUGAAAGCCCUCCUGGCAGCCCCACCACCCCUGAGCCGGUUCCCAUGACCAUUGGGGCUGAACUGAUCGAGCUGGUUCGGAAGAACACGGGCUUGAGCUACGAGCUGUCGCGGGUUGCUGUCGGCGUGGUGGUCGGCCACCUGCAGACGGCCUUACCUCAAGCCUCCUCCGCUUUGGAGCAAGUUCUCCUCUCGCUGGUGGAGAGCAAGGAUCUGAGUGCAGCGCUGCCACAGGGUCAGGUGUGUCACGACGAGCAGAGGCUGGAGGUGAUCUUCAGCGACCUCGCGCGGCACCGGGAUGAUUCCCAGCAGCGAAGCUGGGCUCUUCACGAGGACCACACCCUCAUCGCCUGCUACCUGGAGGAGCUGCUGAAGAUACUGACCGAUGCAGAUCCAGAGGUGUGUAAGAGGAUGUGCAAGGCCAAUGAGUAUGAGAAUGUGCUGUCUCUGGUGUCAUAUUAUCAGAUGGAGCAUCGUGUGACUCUGCGGCUGCUGCUGCUCAAAGUGUUCGGGGCAAUGUGCAGCCUGGAUGCUUCUCUCAUCUCCACCUUCCUCAACUCAAUCCUCCCCAUGGAGCUGGCCAGGGAUCUGCAGACUGACACACAAGAACACCAGAAGAUGUGUUACACAGCUUUGGUACUCACUAUGAUCUUCUCAAUGGGCGAACAGGUGCCAUAUCAUCACUACGAACACUUGAAUGCUGAAUUUGUUGAGUUUCUGCUGGGUGUGGUGGAGGACGGGCUUCCCUCUGAUCCCACAGAGCAGCUGCCUGACAUCUUCCUGAACCUGGUGCUGGCCUUCAAUCUGCACCACACAGUUUUCUGUCUGUGUCACUCAGUACCAAGCAGCAAUGUGAUCAUGCAGGAACUGAAGAAGAAAAAUGUCAAGAUUCUGUCAGAGAAAGUGCUGCUGCUUCUCAACAGAGGCGACGACCCUGUGUGUAUGUUCAAACACACCCCGCCUGCACCGCACUCAGUGCUCAAGUUUCUGCAGGAUGUUUUUGCCGGCCGAGAGACCGCUGACAUCUUCUACCGCACUGACAUGAUGGUGAUGAUUGACAUCGCCGUUCGACAGAUAUCUGACCUUUCACCUGGAGACAAGCUGCGGAUGGAGUAUCUCUCCCUCAUGCACUCCAUAAUGCGCUCCACGGAUUACCUCGAGCACCAGCACCGGCUGUCUGACCUGCAGGGGGCGCUGCAGAGGAUUCUCAGGGAGGAGGAAGAUCCAGGAGAGGAUGAAGGGAACGCUACAGCGAAACAGAUGGAUAAGCUAAUUGUACAGCAGAUCUACAAAGAGUUCCCACAGAUCAGUGAGAACCAGGACUAACCGUAUCAGUAUCAUGCUCACACACUGUAGUCUGCUCUACUGCAGGGAGGUACAAUAAAGCUUGAAAAAAGAAGAACUGAUGGUUUUGUGCCAGCCUGUGAGGAGAGAAGCUAAUUAGCCUUGCCAAUGUUUUCUUGGACUCGUAGCCCAGGGCUGCAGCAUGCUCGUGUUCCCCUCUCAAAUUAACUUCUUUCUAUCAAAAAAAAAGUUUUUUUUUCUUUGGUGUUCUUCAUGAAGAGAAAAAACCUGUGAGGUUUAGUCAUACAUGGAGAUUAAAAAUAGCCAUAAUAUAGGCCAGAUCUUUGCUGUUUAACAGAGAACUCCCAGCAAUAACUACCUAAAAUAUCAUGCAUGCACUAACUGUAUCUACUCAGAGUAUUUUUAAAUUAAAGUAACAACAACCAGGACUAAACUUGAUUUUGACCAAAAUAACUUGAACCAAACUGAUCUUUAGAACAAAUUCAAUAAGUUUUAGGGAGAAGGGCAGUUUUGAACAGUGCCAUUUUUGAACCGCUGUAGACACUUUGACUCUUUUUGUGCUUCCCUGUUAGCGGGACCAAACUACUGUGUGUUACUGAGAGCAUUGUCUUCUUUAUAGAGUAUAAUACUCUUUAAACUAACUUCCUCUCUUACUCACCCCUUCAUUCAUUAUUAUUAAACUUAAAGUCAAGUUGAACAAGUUUACUAUUCCAGUGAAAAAAAGCACACUCUGACUCAUGUGUUAUCAUUACUAAGCUUUUAGCUGAGUAACCUUUGCUGCUACAUAUUGAGUCUCUCCUGUGGCUCAGUCUGGUACUUUUGUCUCUUUACUGCUUUCCAAACAUUUCUACAUGAUCACCCUGUACUUAUGCAAAGCUCCUCAAGCAUCAGCACGUGUUUAACGUCAGUUGGACUACAGUGUUUUUGUCCGUAUGCUGCAUUCAUAUUCGAACUAACUGUGCUGCAGUAAGGCUUUAUAGCAACUUAUAAUAUCGCUGUAAUAAACUGAGUCUUGGCUGAUGUGCGGCUUCAUGGAGGGUAAACGUGUUCUGCACUUUUUAUCUGAGAUAAUACAUUAGUCUGUGUUGUUGAUUUCCAGUUAUUACCUGAUGCUCCUACUGAAUAUCGAGACAAGGGAGAGGAAAUACAGGGCAUUUAUUUUAUCCCCUCGUGGUUUUAAUGCUUUUAACAGCAACAUGUACCUUUCUUUGUUUCUCUACCAUGAUGUAAUGAUUGAUGUUCUCCAAUCUUACACUUUGACUUAUCUGUUUUUGUCCCUGGCAUGGCUUCCCUGUCUGGAAACAUGUUUCUGAGAAGGUAGACACAGUCCAGAAGUGAUCAGUUUUUAGUUCAUGUCAUGAGUGUUUGUUCAUGGAUUAUUUGUGUGUCUGUUUACAGUGUGUGAGAGAGAGAGAGGUGAUUAACAUUGUCUGCAGAAGUGCUACGACUGUGUUAUAAUUAAACUAAUAAAGCUAUA